ACAAAUUGCUAACCAGAAAAAAAAUAAAAAAUCAUGCAACAACUAAAUAAUAAAUAUAAGAAGAAAGAAUAUUGUUCACUUCUCUCUAUCUCUACUAUCUCCUCCCGAAACUACUGGGGGAGAGAGAUCCAUAGAAUCUAGUUUCCUCUAUCGUUUCUUACAUUCGAAGAUAUUCGAAUUUUACUAGGAUUCUCGUAGAAAACUUGUUCACUUCCACCUCUUAUUCGAACCUGUACACAAGCAUUGCUGAAACAAACAAUAUCGAUUCUUAAACAGUAAUCUCUCUCUGUGUGGUGGUGAAUUUUGAUUUGAAGCAGUGAAUUUUGUGAGCAACUUUGUAUAGUCAUGGAUAUGAUGCCAACAAACGCCACUGAUUAUUUGUUAAACUGGGUAUUCGCCACAAAUACACCUGAUUAUGUGACAAACUUGAAGUUAGCUAUAACACCAAAUGCCACUACUGUUUAUGUGACAAAUUGGAUGUUGCCUACCGCAACAAACACACUUGCUUAUUGGUUAAACUGGAGGUUUUUGCUAUGUGCAAUAGUUGUUUUGACGCCUAUGGUCUUCGCGGCUUAUCUUAUAUGGAGGUAUGAAGGAUCUAAAGAUACAGAUGACGAGGAAGAAGAUGAAAAUGUUACAAAGGGAACUUUAUAUGCGGAUGACGCUUGGAGGCCAUGCCUGGAACAAAUUCACCCUGCUUGUCUUCUAGCUUUUCGAGUGUUUGCAUUUGGUACUCUUCUGACAUUUCUCGUCUGGAAUAUCAUUAUUGGUGGUGCUGGCAUAUUUUUCUAUUACACUCAAUGGACGUUUGCUUCAGUCAUCAUAUAUUUUGGGCUCGGUUCCUUGUUCUCCGUAUAUGGAUGCUAUCAAUAUUGCACUGGAGCUGUUGGUGAUCAUGUGAUGUUAGAUAAAGAUAGAGGCGCAUAUGUGGCUCCGAUGCCCGAGGAAAAUGGAAAUCAAGGCAACAUAAGCAAAAGCUGGGUUCCAGAACAACAUUAUGUUCGCAAAACUGCAGGCACUUGGGGUUACAUUUUCCAAACUAUUUUCCAGAUGAAUGCAGGUGCUGUGAUUCUUACCGACUCUGUCUAUUGGCUGGUUCUCUAUCCACUUCUUUCUCACUUACCUCAGUAUCACUAUAAACCUACUCUUAUUGUGAUUGUUAUGCACUCACUAAAUGCGGUUUUCCUACUGGUAGAUACAAUUUUGAAUUGCUUGCAAUUUCCCUGGUUUCGGAUCGCAUACUUCACAUUGUGGACGGGAAUAUUUGUCAUUUUUCAAUGGAUCAUUCAUGCCUGUGUUUCAAUUUGGUGGCCAUAUCCGUUUCUUGACUUAUCAUCGUCAUAUGCUCCACUAUGGUACUUGGGAGUGGCAGUGAUGCAUCUUCCUUGCUAUUUUCUUUUUGUGCUAAUAACAAAGCUGAAGCAUUCUCUAUUGUCGAAAUGGUUUCCAAACUCGUACCAGUGUAUGGCAUCAUAAGAUAGGAAAACCGGCUCAAUGUCAUUUGGCUGAAGGUUAUCAUUGUCCGGCAAAUUUAUUCACUUAGCGAAUAGGCGUCAAAUUGAUUCCUGCAACAAAGAGAUAAUGGCUUUGAACGGCAUUGAGGAUCGCCGCACCAUCUGUUUCGAUUAUGUCCUUGAGAUACAUUACUGUCGAUGGAACACACUGAUGUAUUGCUUGAAUGGCAACAGAAAAUAGAGGAAAAAAUAGAACCAAAAAUGAAAAAAGGAUAAAAAAAAGAAAGAUUUUUUGUUAGACGUACACAAAAGCAUGUAUCAUUAAACAGAUAUAUUCACCAAGAAGAAAAAAAAAAGAAAAAAAGGAGAGGUUAAACAAAUAUACAUUCACUUCAUUCCCUAUUCUGUUUUCUCUGGAAGGGGGAUUGAGUGCGUUUUUAAGAAAAUCACCAUCAUCGUGGUUGAUGUAAAGGUAGUUGCAACUUGCACGCCAAGCAUUGUGUUCUACUAUUAUUUUGGAGCACUUGUUA